AUGGAGACUUUGGAAAAUUCGUCUGUAACAAAGAUACUCAAAUCCAGCAAACUUCAAUCCGAUUAUUUCACGGAGAUGGGCUGGACGCCUCCAUGGAGUGAUAAGGAAGAGCCGGAGGAUAUUAUUGAAAUGGCACGGUUCCUGCGCAAUUUUAACACAUGGGACGACUCGUGGAACGAAGAUGCAAAACUUCCACCACCAUUGUCAAAAGAAAUCGUGGCUAAUUUGCCUGAAAUUAAAAUUAAAUCCAAUGAAAAACAGUGUUCUAUUUGUCUAAAACAAUUCGAGACAGGGAAGAAAGCAAAAUUAAUGCCUUGUGAGCAUAUAUUUCAUCCUGAAUGCAUAUUACCAUGGUUAGAAGAGACUAGCAUAUGUCCGCUCUGCGGAUACGAUUUGUCGGCACCAGCCUAUAUACAUAAAAGGAACUAUGAAAUAAACAAGAAAGAAGAGAAAGAAAGAGAGGAUUUGGAAUUCGUGUCAUCAUUUUAUAAUUGUUUACUAACUAUGUUAUACAUAACUUGUAAAAGAUUCAUCACUUUAUACGAACAUUUGAUACAAAAGAUGACAUUUAAUAAAAAGACAUGA